CACAGUUUAGCAGUCUGCCCAGUUCGAUCGGCAACGGGAGCGGGAAGAAGAAAGCAGAGAGCCCGAAGGCAGUAGCCCCCCAUCACCAUCACCGCCGGCCCAGGUUACCAUCUUGCACCGGGAGAGACAACAACAGACAGCCGCCGCCGGCAGAAGCCAUUACCAACCAGUAGUGACCAUGAGCAGCGAGGCCGAGAUACAACAGCCGCAGCAACCUGCUGUCGACGAGGAGGAGAGCCCAUCCAGCCCGGCAGCCGCAGCUUCCGCGGGGGAUAAGAAGGUCAUCGCAACAAAAGUUUUGGGUACAGUCAAGUGGUUCAACGUCAGGAACGGAUAUGGUUUCAUCAAUAGGAACGACACGAAAGAGGACGUUUUUGUACACCAGACAGCCAUCAAGAAGAACAACCCCAGAAAAUACCUUCGCAGUGUUGGUGAUGGAGAAACUGUGGAGUUUGACGUAGUUGAGGGAGAGAAGGGGGCAGAGGCAGCAAAUGUCACCGGUCCAGGGGGCGUGGCGGUCCAGGGAAGUAAGUACGCUGCUGACAGGAACCGCUACAGGCGCUACCCCCGAAGGAGGGGCCCACCCCGCGGUGGCGACUAUCCAGAGAACUACCAGAGUGACGGAGAGGGGGAGCCGGGCACCGGGGGUCGAGACAAAGGCAGUCGAGACGGCGGCGAGAGCGCCCCCGAGGGAGAUGUGCAGCCACAGCAGCGUAGGCCCCCUUACCCUGGCAGACGGCGCUACCCGCCAUACUUUGUACGUAGACGCUACGGCCGCCGGCCCCCAUACACCACCGCACCACGCGGAGAGAUGACUGAGGCAGGUGAGGGCGAUGAGAACCAGGGGGGUCCAGACCAGGGCAACAAACCAGUGAGGCAGAACUACUACAGAGGCUUCCGACCAAGGUUCAGACCAAGGGGUCCACCCCGUCCCAGACCGGUGCGGGACGGCGAGGAGGACAAGGAGAAUCAGGGCGGUGAAGGGGGUCAGAACCAGCAGCCGCGCCAGCGACGCUAUAGACGUAAUGUCAACUACCGCCGCAGACCACGCCCACAGACUGGGGGCAAACAGGGCCAGGACACUAAGGAGGCCAAGGCAGGAGGUGACGCCUCUGUAGAGAAAACGUCCGCUCCCGAGGCCCAGCAGGGUGGGACUGAGUAGGAAAUAACCUGUCCACCGGCACCUACCAUCUUUUACCAUCGUCCGGUUUUUUGUCAACAAGAAGAAACAUCCAACAAGAUCUGAGCAAUAAAGAUUUGACUUGACGACCGUCACAAGCUUGCACCAUGCAUUUGACCAGAUUACCACAGAUUGCCUGCAGGAUCUAUGCAGACUAGUUCUUUUCCUUCUUUUUACGUGACAGUUCCAAAACAUUUUGGGGAAACAACGCGUUUUUCUAAAUCUGUCCUAAGUUUUUACACCAAAUGGUUUUUCAAGAAAAAAAUUUGAUAUUUGGUCAGUUUGACAUUUUUAAAUAACUUUUUAUGUAUUCAAAUGUUUUAACAAAAUGCAAGCUCAAAUAAAAGUUCAAAAACCAGGGA